UUUCGUUGUCGUUUAUAAUGGAGCGAACAUGUACUUAAAAUUCUAAUUUGAAUUGUUUGUGAAUUUUGUUUAACUGCAUCAUUGUGCAUUCGUUUACUCACCAAUUCAAAACCCGCGUUAUUGACUGGCUUAGUUAGUAUCCAACUGGCUUACAAAUUUCCAUGUGUUUAUUAAUAAAUCCAACAGAGUGUCCAUGCACAUUUCUUGUAUGGCACGCAAUAAGAUAGCACUUGAGCUCAUUAAUAUGAAUAGUCCUGGCUUUAUUGAUACUCAUUUCGUGUUGUAAUAAAGAUUAGCCUAAGUUAAUCCAAAAUUUCAACGAAGAAAGCUUUGAUCAUGAAGAAGGUAGAAGAGAUUCUCAAUAUUUCUGUUAUUUCAGACUUAUCAUCAAACCACAGAUCAACGGAGGUUCUGACUAAAACUUUUACUUAAUUCAGAUCCAUCCCAAAAUGUUGAUUUCAUUACUUCGGAAGACCAGAUCAUACAUGUUUAAGAACUCGACAUUAUCAUCGUUCUGUUCCUUACAACCAAUGUGGUUGUAUCAUUCCUGAAACUUGUUCUCACUUUUAGGUCCUCGCGGUUGUGAAAGUUUUCGUAUCCUAGAUUUCAUUUAUGAGGCCAAUGAAAUAUCAGUGAGCUCCAACUAGAUUGUCUAUCAAGCUGAACUGUUCCCGCGUUGGACAACUCUCAUAUAUUAAAUUUCUGAUUGUCGUCGUUAAAAUUAACACCUUUGUUUAUAGCCACUAAGAUCUUCAAUCAAGUUCUUGUAUUACGUCAUGACAUGGGUCAAUCUCCCUACGUUUUAUUCACUGCGCUUUCGUCAUAUUAGCAAUGUGUGAUGACUCUUGGAUUAAUGAAUCUAAUAUCAAGGAUAGAGAUUCUCUGAUUACGUUGGCUAAGAUUCAGGAGCAAGCUGAGCGAUUUAAUGAUAUGGCGUGUGCUAUGAAGAAAGUUGUCGAGACAUCAAAAACACUUAAUAAUGAGGAGCGAAACUUGUUUUCAGUGGCUUAUAAAAAUGUAGUUGGAUGUUGUAGAUCAGCUUGGCGUGUUGUUUCAAACAUUGAACAGCGAUUGGAUGACCAGAAGAAAAAACAAGCGGGAGAAUACCGUAACACUAUUGAGAAGGAAUUACAAGCUGUCUGCCAGGAAGUUUUAGAUUUAUUACACGAGUCACUACUCAAAAGUGAAAAUACAGCUGAAGGAAUCGUGUUUUAUAAGAAAAUGGAAGGUGACUAUUACAGGUAUUUAGCUGAGGUUCUAACUGGCGACAAACGUGCUGAUGUUGUAAAACACUCAAGGGAAGCUUAUCAGGCAGCAACGGAGAAGGCAAAUAGUGACCUACCUCCAACUCAUCCAAUCCGUCUGGGCUUAGCUCUAAACUUCUCUGUGUUUUAUUAUGAAAUCGAAAACAACCCCGAAAAAGCAUGCUCAAUUGCUCAGACUGCAUUUAAUGAAUCAAUCGGACAGUUGGACCAACCUGAAAGUGGUUCCUUCAAAGAUAGUACACUUGUAAUGCAACUUCUUCGUGAUAACUUAACUUUAUGGACUUCUGAACGUGAAGCUGCUCAGUAACACAGAAUAUCAGUGGCCACUUUAUUUUUACUUUGAAAACGUAACCUCAGAAAUGCUCUUUACACUCACUUUAUAACGUAUGAACGAAUUUAUUGGUCACUUCUAAUUUAGUCUCUUGAAUAAAUCAUGUGGAAAUUCUCGUCAUUAUAUCAUAUGGUAUACCAAUUUUAAUUAAUAUUUGUGUAAAAUCCAGCUUUAAGACCAUUCUUGCUAGUGUUGAUGUCUGUUCAGUCAACUAAGAUGAAUAGCUGCUUUGUCAAAUAAAUUGCAAAUUCACUGAGUCUAUAUUUCACUUGGUUCAUAUACGUUAUUAAUAUGUCAUGUCUAAACAGUAAAGGAUUUUAUAUAUUUACAUAUACAGUGUUUCACAUUAAACGUAUAUAAGUAACU